GCCGCCCAGCGCAGCCCCGCGCCCGCCGCAGCCCCCGAGCGGCUGCGCCCCAGCUCCAUGAAUGGAAAUCGGCAGCGCAGGACCCGUCGGGGCACAGCCCCUGCUCAUGGUGCCCAGACGUCCCGGCUAUGGCACCAUGGGCAAGCCCAUUAAACUGCUGGCCAACUGCUUCCAAGUUGAAAUCCCAAAGAUUGAUGUCUACCUCUAUGAGGUGGACAUCAAACCAGAUAAGUGUCCUCGGAGGGUGAACAGGGAUGUGGUGGACUCCAUGGUGCAGCAUUUUAAAGUGACAAUAUUUGGGGACCGUAGACCAGUUUAUGAUGGGAAAAGAAGCCUCUAUACAGCCAAUCCACUUCCUGUGGCCACUACUGGGGUGGAUUUGGAUGUGACACUACCAGGAGAAGGUGGAAAAGACCGUCCCUUCAAAGUGUCAAUAAAGUUUGUUUCUCGGGUGAGCUGGCACUUGCUGCAUGAAGUUUUGACAGGAAGAACCUUGCCUGAGCCUCUGGAACUAGACAAACCUAUCAGCACUAACCCUGUUCAUGCUGUCGAUGUGGUGCUACGACACCUCCCCUCCAUGAAGUACACCCCCGUGGGCCGCUCCUUCUUCUCAGCUCCAGAAGGCUAUGACCACCCCCUGGGAGGGGGCAGGGAGGUCUGGUUUGGAUUCCAUCAGUCAGUCCGACCUGCCAUGUGGAAGAUGAUGCUCAACAUUGAUGUUUCUGCCACUGCCUUCUACAAAGCACAACCCGUAAUUCAGUUCAUGUGUGAAGUCCUUGACAUUCAUAAUAUUGAUGAACAACCAAGACCUCUGACUGAUUCUCAUCGGGUAAAAUUCACCAAAGAGAUAAAGGGUCUGAAGGUAGAAGUGACUCACUGUGGGACGAUGAGAAGGAAGUACCGUGUCUGCAACGUAACGAGACGACCUGCGAGUCAUCAAACCUUUCCUUUGCAGCUGGAAAAUGGCCAGACUGUGGAGAGGACAGUAGCACAGUAUUUCAGAGAGAAAUACAACCUCCAGCUGAAAUACCCUCACCUUCCUUGUCUGCAAGUGGGACAAGAACAAAAACACACCUACCUGCCUUUAGAAGUGUGUAACAUCGUGGCUGGCCAGAGGUGCAUCAAGAAGCUCACGGACAAUCAGACCUCGACCAUGAUAAAAGCCACAGCCAGGUCUGCCCCAGACAGGCAGGAGGAAAUCAGCAGAUUGGUGAGAAGUGCAAAUUAUGAUGCAGAUCCAUUUGUCCAAGAGUUCCAGUUCAAGGUGCGGGAUGAGAUGGCCCACGUGACGGGGCGUGUGCUCCCGGCCCCGAUGCUGCAGUACGGGGGACGGAAUCGAACUGUGGCAACCCCAAGCCAUGGAGUGUGGGACAUGAGAGGGAAGCAGUUCCACACUGGUGUGGAGAUCAAGAUGUGGGCCAUAGCUUGCUUUGCAACACAGAGACAAUGCAGAGAAGAAAUAUUGAAGGGUUUCACGGACCAGCUGCGCAAGAUCUCCAAGGACGCCGGGAUGCCCAUCCAGGGCCAGCCCUGCUUCUGCAAGUACGCCCAGGGUGCAGACAGUGUGGAGCCCAUGUUCAGACACCUCAAGAACACCUAUUCGGGCCUUCAGCUCAUCAUUGUCAUCCUGCCAGGGAAAACACCUGUGUAUGCGGAGGUGAAGCGUGUGGGAGAUACGUUGUUGGGAAUGGCCACACAGUGUGUACAGGUCAAGAACGUCAUCAAAACAUCUCCACAGACCCUCUCAAAUCUGUGCCUGAAGAUCAAUGUUAAACUAGGAGGAAUCAACAACAUCCUUGUACCUCAUCAACGACCUUCUGUGUUCCAGCAGCCAGUGAUCUUUUUGGGAGCUGAUGUCACUCACCCUCCAGCUGGAGAUGGAAAGAAGCCCUCCAUCGCUGCUGUUGUAGGCAGCAUGGACGCCCACCCCAGCCGGUACUGUGCCACGGUGAGGGUCCAGCGGCCCCGGCAGGAGAUCAUCCAGGACCUGGCCUCCAUGGUCAGGGAGCUGCUCAUCCAGUUCUACAAGUCAACACGGUUCAAGCCCACCCGUAUCAUCUUCUACAGGGACGGGGUCUCUGAGGGACAGUUCCGACAGGUUUUGUAUUAUGAGCUACUGGCCAUUAGAGAAGCCUGCAUCAGUCUGGAGAAGGAUUACCAGCCUGGGAUCACCUACAUCGUGGUGCAGAAGCGACACCACACACGGUUGUUCUGUGCUGACAGAACAGAAAGGGUCGGACGGAGUGGCAAUAUUCCAGCGGGGACAACUGUAGAUACAGACAUUACACACCCCUACGAGUUCGAUUUUUACCUCUGUAGCCAUGCUGGAAUACAGGGAACCAGCCGGCCCUCCCACUACCACGUGCUGUGGGAUGACAACUGUUUCACGGCGGAUGAGCUGCAGCUCCUCACGUACCAGCUGUGCCACACCUACGUGCGCUGCACCCGCUCCGUGUCCAUCCCAGCCCCGGCCUACUACGCUCACCUGGUGGCAUUCCGGGCCAGGUACCACCUCGUGGACAAGGAACACGACAGUGCUGAAGGGAGCCACGUGUCAGGACAGAGCAACGGGCGAGACCCCCAGGCCCUGGCGAAGGCUGUACAGAUUCACCAAGACACCUUACGCACGAUGUACUUCGCUUAAGUCAAUGACCCGGGAGACACUCACCGAGAGGAGAACUUGAGAACUUAAGCCACAUACAAUGUAUGUUUCCAGGGGGUUGGUUUAGGGGCUGUGCCUCCCAUCGUGCUGGAGCUGACGCUGUGCAGGGGGCGAGAGGCUCACCCUUAAAUUGACACGAGGAAGAUUGUUUACUUCAUCCAGGAACACAGCACUAUUAUGCAAUAUGAAACCAGCCAACUGCUUUUUUGGGGCGGGCUCCUUUGGGAAACGCCGCCGUCAUUUUAUUUUUUUUUUUUUUUAAUUAUUAUUUCUCGUAGUUUAACCCUCUUCUGCCUUUACCUCAAGUUGCUCGGCAGCACAACUAUUGUUGCAAAAAAAAAAAAAAAAAACAAAAACAUAGUAAUAAUAAACUAAAAUCUGUUGUGGAAUUUAAAAACAAAAAGCAAACCACCUUUUAGGAACAAUCACAGCGAUUGUUUGGAGGGAGGGAAGUGUGCAAAAAAAAGAAAAUAAUUAAGUUUUUAACCCCCGUGCGUUGAGGAAUCCUUCUCCCAGUAUUGCCAUGGAGCAUUCGAAUGUGAACAUAUCCGGGUGCAUUGGAAUGUGCAGCACUAGCUAGGAAAACAGAGAGGGGGGAAGAAGUUUUGCACACUAAUCCAAUAAUUUGAACCUAAUUUAGCCAACGGCUGCCUUUGUGUCUUUUCUCACAGCUUUGGAGUUCUCAGCUCCAAGAGUUCCCUUUCAAAAGCAAUCCAAGAAGCUCGUGGUUCAUGUGCAGGCAGUAGUGACCCAACUCUUCUUGCUCCCUGGGGAAUUUACUAAAGCUGCUGUUUCACCUAGUCCGAAAGUUUCAAUUUUUCCUAUCUGGCAAGUCCAAUCUGUUGAAGCUUCACGUGAGAUCCAACGUCCCAGUUUUCUGGGAUGACAUACAGUAACCACCAGAACUGAAACUUUAGAGCUAAGGUCUUUUUGGAAAAAAAAAAGAAACCUGCUAGUUUACUUGCUGCCUCUCACACCUUAAUGUGAUUCAUAUGUAUGUGUGUUUGAAGUUUAGCUUCCUUUUGUUUCUUUUAUAUUUAUUAGAGUAAUAAUAAUGCUUUAAUUUAAUUAUUACAGAACAUGUGGUCAACAUCAACUUUUAUUUUUUAGAAGUGUAACCAUGUUUAUUUUUAAAAAAAGAAACUGACAACUUGUUUUGCUAUCUUUUAGUGCAAUAAGCGUUCUAAAGAAAAACUGUGUCCAUUGAGCUGUACUGAAGCAGUGUCUGUACCACGGACCGUGGGAGAAUGGACACCUCCAGGAUUUUAAAAGGACAAAGUAAAAGCCUUAAUUUUGAAAGGAAAGUUUUAUAGUCAGAAGGAAUCUUGAAUUUUCCUUUUUUAAAUCAAAAAAAAAAAAAAUUACAAAAAUGCUUCUAGACUUCUGCAAGCUUUACUUGUUGCUGCAGUCUUUUGAUUUAACAAAGGAAUUGGCCUUAUUUUUGGCUUUGAAAUGUGGAGCAUAUUUGAAUUAAAUGGAAAGGGUUUUGUAUUAAGAUCUCAGUUUUUACAUGCUUAGUUAAACCUAUUUGACAUCAGUAAAAUGUCUGGAAUUAAUAAAAGUUUUUAGGCUUUUUUCCUCUUUGAUAAUGACUUUCCUUUUAAAAUUAAGUUAUUGGUAACUUCAUUUCACUUUGCAAAUAAAGAGGGCUGGGAUAGUUCUAACAUGUUAAAUUGCUGAAAUGUGAAUCAAACCGAUGAGACUCUUUCAUUCCACUUUAAAACCAAUGUUUAAGAUGUCAGAGACAAGCGUUUAUUCAAUGAGGGGACUGGGGAGUUUUGCACUUUGUAAACUCGUGAACUGCAUUUUUGACUGUUUUUAUUUGCACUGGUUCAUAGUAUAUUUACUGCAGAUGUUUGUAUGGGCAUUGCUGUGAUCCCAGCCCUCCUGACCUCCACCUGCUCUCACAUGAAAACCAGUGGGUUGGUCUAAGUAGCUUCUCUCCUCUUUUCUCACCAAAUCCACUGUUUGCCAAUAUACUGUAUUUUGAGCCUAAAAUCUGAGCCCGUUUUGCUUCACCAGGCAUGAACCUCCCUUUUUUCUGCCAGAAAACCAAGUACUGUAUUUUGUGCAUUUGUAUAUUGUAUGGAAAUGUCCGUAGUGCUGCUCACCACUGUCCACAAGAGAUUUACUAACAGUUAGUGUAGAUACUUAUUUUAUCUCCCAAAAUCAUGGAAAAUAAUGGAAACAGAGUAACCUGGCAAAGUUAAAAUUGCACUGAAAACAGUCGUGAGGGUGGGCAGGGGCUGGGGGUGCUCGGAGAGGAGGUGGGGGGUGGCUGGGGGGUUCAGCAGAUCCCAAGGGAUCAGGAACCCCUGGAGCCAAGGCUGUUCCCUCUCAGCACCUUCAGAGAAACCUGGUGCAGGGAGGUGGGUGGGACAGAGUCCUUUGAGCAAGGUGGUUUCUCAAUAAGUCUCUCAGAUGUUUUUCCCAGUCUGUGACCUGACAGUUUUCUCCUAAAGCCUCUCCCGGUGCCGUUUGUAACAGGUUCAGCUUAGGCUUUUUACAGAAAUUCGUUUUUAAAUAAUUUUUUUUUUAAAAAAAUUCUCUGUUUUACAAGGAGUUCUUGUGGAGUUCUGGCAUUUAGGUGAAAACUCCUUUUUACAAAGCCUUUUGACUCUCCUUUCAAAGCUGCUGGAUGCUUCUCAUCCCACCCACGCUCGGCAACUCGGAUUUGAGAAGCUUUUUUGCUCGCUGCUUUCACCAAAAACUAAAGAACCUUCAUUGGCAAAGUGACUUCAGUUGUCAAGGUAACGUUGUACCUGGUUUUCAUGUGAAGAGUAUUUGGAAGUUUUAAUCUCUCUUCUUGGUUUUGCAAAUAUCUACGUCAAGUGCCGAUACUUCUUUGUAUUACGAUAUCAAGUUACUGACGUUGUGAGGGCCACACAUUAAUGAUGCUGUAGCUGCUAUAUUUAUUUAAAUGGAGAUGGACAAUUACUGCACUAAGGAAUGAGGAGAAAAGCAAGGAAUCAAGGUUAGUUAGAUAUCUUGGUUUUUUUUCAAAAGAGAAAUAAUGGUGUGAAAUAUCAAGUGUAACAAAGGGUGCUGUCAUUUUAACUGAGAUUAAAUAGCCAGAUAUUCUUCUUUUGUUUAAAAACAUAUAUAUUUUGAUGUUUGCAGUUUGGGGGUGGGGGGUCGGGAUAAAUGGUACCUCAUCUGUGGUGGCAGUUUCCAGUAUAUUUUCAGAGUAUAUGGAUUUCUUUUAUUUUUGUACCUGCUCUCCUUUAAAAA